UUACGGCUCCGACAGGCUUCAAAUCACAAGCAAUACAAUGCAGCCUGAAACGUUGACACAAUAAAAUAAAUUAUACCAUGCUGCUACGUGUGCUUUGUCGUUUUCUUCGACCGUUUGAGUUAUUUCUCUCUAUAUAAUCGGCGUCGUGCUGGAUGUCUGAAUCUUGCAGCGCCGGUGAUCGUUUGGCGUUGAUUUGUUGUAAUGGCGAUGGCUUUGGUCGGCGAUGGAAAAGGAGGUGUCUCGAAGUUUCAGGGUUUCCAACACCGACGGCCGAUGAUGCUCAAGGAUUAUCUCAGAGAUGGCGCCGGAAAAUCUGCUGCGGCGGCGGCGGGGCGUUCAGGUAAGCAGCCGGUCGUGCUGCGGCGAAGCCGGUCGAGGAGGGCGGCGGCGACGACGAUCUCCGCCAUUCAGAAGGUGAUCAACGUGGUCAGGAACUUCCAAUUUGAGACCGCCGCGGCGCAGCACCGCCGGAGAAAGAUAGGAAAUGCGGCGGCGGAGGAGACGGUGGCGCCGGAGAUGGUCAAGGUGAAAGUGAAAGUCAAAGAUAUCUUACGGUGGAGAUCGUUUCGGGAUUUGGAGGAAGAUGAAUCCAAGGCGUUGGAUUUUCCAACGUGUCCUAAUCCAACGGUCACAACUUCUUCCAGAGGUAAAACGUCUAGCUGGUGUGACAGUGACGAAUUUCUGAGUAAAAACGCCUCUGCGUUUAGGAGUAUCAAGGAGGAUUGUUCGAUCGAAGAAUCUGAGCAGCAGGAAAGCCCAGUUUCAGUUCUCUAUUCACCAUUUCGAGAAGAAUUAUCAACAUUCAAAUCUCCAUUUCGCCGAAUUUCACCCAUCAAUGUCCAGAGGGCGAAAUGCGAUGUGAAGAGAAGAUUCAGCAACAGUGAAGUCAAUAAAAAUGGAGAAGAGAGAGCGAAGCAGUUGCUGGAAUGUAUGGAAUUGGGUGAGGAAGACGACGACAGCCGUGGUCUGAUGAUGGACUUUUUCAUGGAGGAGAAACUGAAGGAGGAAAGUGAGCUUUUGAGGGCUGCAAGAUCAUGGAAGAAUGGGGAAUUCGAGGAGACGUAUCAGUGGGAAUUGGAAGACAGAAGGAAGGCUUAUGUGGAGGACAUGGAGAAGGGGUUUAAUUGGAGCAGGUUUAGCCAUGAACACGACGAGAUUUCCAUGGAGCUCCAUGUCUGGGUGCUGGAGGAGAUCUUCGAUGAAGUUAUUGAAGAAUUUCUUGCGCAGUGACUGCAAAUCGGACACGAAAAGCCACCUUCCUUUCCUAUGAAAUGGAUCGGAGCCAUUGCUGCAGCUGUUCUGGUCUCAGGACUGCCACGCCCGGUAGAUCUACACCGUUCGUUGGAUCGGAUACAGUUUAUUUGUUUAUCGUAGGGCUGAGAUAUGGCAAGGAGUAUUGGUCCCGGAACUUGUCUAGUUUGGGGCUUGGAGAGACGGGUGUUGCGCAGAUCUAACGUGGAAUAUUUGUAACCACCAAAGACAUUUUAAACUUAUAUAAUAAUGAAAUAUAUUCAUUAAGUAGAUAAAUUAUUACUUUGGUAACAAGUAGGAAAUUAAAAUAAUCCCAAUGUAUAUGGUACUUGCAAGUCAGUUCAAUGAUAUAAUAUCCAAUUAAUCAA